CGCCAUCCUUUUUCCACCCAUCAUCCUAUCCCCCUUCUCCAUUUCUCCCCGAUUUAUUGUUUCCCCCCCUGACUAUACUUCUUUUACUUUCUACCUACUGACUACGUAGUUGGACGUCAGCUGCUUUACCAAGAUGGGGUUUGCAUCCAAGAUCGCCGGCAGUCAAAACCCACCACCCAACAACAUGAGCGCCAACAGGCCCGGCGUUUAUGGAGGCGCACCUCCGACAGGCUAUGCUGGAGGCCCUCCAGCUGCACUGCAGCCUGGCAACAAUCCUUCUUCUAGUGGUAAUCCUCAACAGCAACAACCCCAGUAUCAGGCUUAUCAAGGCUCCCCUGCACCAUCUGGUGGUCCGGGCCCCUCCUACCCCCCGCAAAAUGCACCUUACCCCGGCGGACCUGGUGGACCGGGAGCGCCAUACGGUGCCCCGGGAGGUGCUCCUCCCGCCGCCCGCGCAUCCGACCAGCAAAUCGCUGCCUACAGACAGCUCUUGAUCGGAACUAUCCAGGAGAAACAUAUCCAGAGCUUCUGGCCCCCAGAGAGACUGGAUCGAUUGGUUCAGACGCUGGCCAACGAAGCGCCAGGAAAGGUCAACAAGCUGAUGCACGAACUCCGUGUGCCCCAAGAGGUGGCUAUGGACAUAAUGAAACUGUCUCUGUUCGACGUCAUCCUCUAUGUGGAUGACAGCGGCUCCAUCGAAUUCGAAGAGCGCGGCGUCAGGAAGGAGCAGCUGGUGCAGAUCAUUGAGAUUGUUGCUGCUGCUGCGUCUACUUUCGAUGACGAUGGCAUUUCGGUACGGUUCAUGAACAAUGCGGAGCAGGGCGAUGGAAUCCGCAACGCAGAUGAUGUUGGCCGCCUUGUUUCGCGCGUCCGCUUCCAAGGCCUUACUCCCCUGGGAACCAGCUUGCGCAACAAGGUCCUUGAUCCCAUGGUUGUGGGCCCGGCCAGAGCAGGUCGCCUGCAAAAGCCAGUUCUUGUCAUUACCAUCACGGAUGGGCAACCCGCCGGAGAGCCUCUUGACAGCGUCUCUAGCUCUAUCGGCUACGCCGUGAGUGAGGUCGCUCGGACUCAAUAUGGACAGGGUGCCAUUUCUUUCCAAUUCUCGCAGGUGGGCAAUGACACCAAGGCUCGGGAUUUCCUUGCCUCGCUGGAUGAAGACCCGAGAAUCGGCUCGUUGAUUGAUUGCACUUCCAACUUUGAGGUCGAACAGGAUGAAAUGUCACGCGCUGUGCCACCCGUGUACUUGACACGUGAACUCUGGUGCGCUAAAUUGAUGCUUGGGGCUAUUGAUUCCUCGUACGACACCAAAGAUGAGAAGGCCGCUGGCAGAGCUGGUGGACCCGGUGCUCCCCCGCCUGGACCUCCUUCUGGGCCUCCCGGAGGAGCUCCCCGGGGAGGACAGUACGGUGGUGGCUACAGUCAACCCGGAUAUCCCCCUGCUCCCAGCUACGGUCAACCUCAGCAGGGCUACGGCGCUAACCCAGGCUACGGCCAGGGCUACGGUCAAGCCCCCUACCAGAGCCAGGGUCAGGCACCAGCACCGGGAUAUGGCCAGCAAUACGGUGGUGGAUAUGGUGCACCCUCUCCUCACCCCAACCAGCCUGGAUAUGGACAGUCCUCUGGCGCGCCACGAGGCUACUCCCCCUACCAGGCACCCCAGCCGCCCAGGUACUGAUAGACCACAUUCGCUUGUCUAAUGAGACGGAAUUGCAAGGCAGGAGUGCCAAUGUGAACUCUCUUCUUAUCCUUAAUGAUUGUUGUUUUCUUCGGACGUUAGCAGGCAGAAUCUCAUAGGCGGGAGAACAUGGCUGGCAUGGCGGGCUAGGAGAAGGGCACGGAUAGACCCAAUUACACGAUUAGUUUAUUUGUAAAGCAAAAUUGAGCAAUGGAAUAAUGAUGCUUCCGUGAC